AAGCAUAUGCAUGUCAUACGAUUUACCCGGCUGCAGGAAGUACUUUCUCAAACCUGCUUCAAAUAAAUCGACGUGUCAAUAUCUGCAUCACAUUCCUGGUCAAACCCCAUGGCUCGUGUCUUCGUCUACGGCACCCUGAAGAGGGGCCAGCCGAACAAUUACCGCAUGUUAGACGCCGCCAACGGGAAGGUGAAGUUCCUGGCGUCUGCAUGCACCGCCCAAAAACACCCGCUGGUUAUCGCCGGCAAGCACAACAUCCCUUUCCUCCUCAACGUCCCGGGUCAAGGUCACCGGGUCAAGGGCGAGAUCUACAAAGUGGACGAGAAGAUGCUGAAGUUCCUGGACGAAUUUGAGAGCGUUCCCACCUUGUAUCAACGCACUGAGGUCAAACUGGAGGUGGAGGAGUGGGUCGGAGAAGAGGAAAAGGAGAAGAUGGCAUCAGGAAGUAUCACAGAAGCGUUUAUUUACAGCACGACUUCACACGAGGCGGACUGGCUUUCGCUGCGUUGCUACGAGAGCUACGACUCAAAAGGAGAUCAUGGGCUGGAGUAUCAUAUUAAAGAAGCACGAGACUGAUUUCCGUGGGAUAAUCAGAGCAGAUCUGGAGGCGAUAGUUAAAGAAAUCCACUGUUUUCCUCACUUCGACCUCUAAGAAAAAUCACUUACUGUAUUGUGAACUCCUACGUCGGUUUCUAACUUGAUUCGUUUCACUUCUUUUUAACCUAAUAUCAGUAGAAAAAUGUUUAAAACGUGGUCAAGUUUCUACGGUACCUCUAUCUGCAAAAACAACUGGCUUUUUAGUUGAUCAACAUGUACUGUAGUGCAGAAACACAACAACAUUUGUGGAUUUUUUAAAGUCAACAGGGUGCGUUUCACUUCUCUUAUUUUUCAUUUCCUCGGUCUCGGUAUCAGCGGAAGUUGAUUUGUCUGCGCCAUCUUGAGUAGCG